AGACAAGCGGCUAAUUUAUGGUGCCUUCACGCGUAUUGUUUAUAUUAGAGAAAUAUAAAUCAUUAUUAAAAUAAAAGUUUAUUAUAUAAAUUCAAACACAAUAUUCGUAACUAUGUCACAACCAGAUAUUUCCUGUGGGUUGGAAUUUUCAAUAACUUCCGAUUUACAAGCAUGUCUCACACAAGCGCUGCAUUCAAAUUUUUCGUUCAUAGUAGCGCCUAUAGUACAUCCACGUUUCCGUCGUCAACAUGUUUUGAACUCUGGAAAGGUUGGCGGCUUCACUAGGUCUGAUAUGAUACUGUCACCUCAAGAUUGGACUUCGCGAUUGGUUGGAAAAGUAUCUCCGUAUCUUAAUGUGGACUCUGAGGUAUCUUUAGUCAGGCAACGUCAUGAAGAUUGCUUGAAUGAAGAAUUAUCUUAUUGCCGGGGUUUAGGUUUACCUGCAAUAAUGCUGUCUUUAACUAGUCAAAAAACGAACAAUUUGGCCAGAAUCAUACAAUCUUAUUACGAGAAUUGCCACCAUCCAUCAUUGAUUUGGGCACGAGUGCCAUUACUGAAUACUAAUCUCAGAACUGUGGCAAAUGAUGAAGAUAGUGAACUCUCUUCUAAUGAGCCUUGGUUCUGGUGGUCGAAGUUCCAUGAGCGUCUUGAUUAUGACAAAAGAGUGGGUGUCAUACUCGAGCUUUCUGCAGAUUUGCCUUCACAGAAGAUGUUAAAAAGAUGGCUAGGAGAACCUGUAAAAGCCAUAGUAGUACCUACCUCUAUAUUCCACAACAACAAAAAAGGAUAUCCUGUGCUAUCACGGGCUCAUCAAGAACUAGUUGUUCGUAUGGUAGAACAUGAAGCUCAGGUAAUUGUGAGUGGAGCAAGAAGACAUAACAUAGAGUAUUAUGUGCAAUAUUUAUAUAGAAUAUGGAAAAGAAGACCAAAUCAAGCAGAUGACCCAAUGUUGAGCUAUGCUCGAGGAUGGGAGGAUUAUCUUCAAAUACCAUUACAACCACUUGCUGACAAUCUGGACACUCAUACAUACAAUGUGUUUGAAAAAGAUCCUAUAAAAUAUGACCAGUAUCAAAAAGCAAUUGCUAAGGCCUUAUUAGCUCUUCAAAAGAAUCCCAUUUUGAAUUUGGAACAAAAAACUGUAAUAGGCAACUGUAUACUUAAAAAUGAACAAAUAGAUCAAAGUGACUGCAAUUCAGAUGACAAAAGUACAAUAACAGUGAUGGUUCUGGGAGCUGGCCGUGGACCGCUUGUACGAGCUACUCUUAAUGCAGCGGAUAUCACAAACAGUAAAGUUAAGAUAAUUGCAGUAGAAAAAAACCCAUGUGCAGUGGUAGUUUUGGCGGCUCAAGUACGCGAAGUAUGGAGAGGUCGUGAUGUUGUCGUUAUUCCAGGCGACAUGAGGCACAUUAACUUAACUCCUAAGGCAGAUAUUAUUGUAUCUGAAUUGUUAGGUUCAUGGGGUGACAAUGAACUGUCACCUGAAUGCUUAGAUGGAGCCGCAGGGCUCCUCAAGCCAGGAGGAAUAUCAAUACCUUGUGCAUACACUUCACAUGUUGCACCUAUAUCAUCACCAAGACUAUGGGCAGCAGCUAAAGUUGCAGUGUCUGGUACAUCAGUUCAAAAAGACAAGAAUCUUGAGACUUUGUGGGUUGUUUAUAUGCAAAAUAAGCAUGACAUAGCAGACACUAAGUUGGUGUUUAGUUUUGAGCAUCCAGCACGAGGACAAAAGGAUCAUGAAGGGCAAGAAAUGACAGAUUAUAGAGGGUUGCCUUUGACAGAUAACCGUAGAACAGCUACUGUCUCAUGGACUGUCGAACAAGACAAUGUGAUGCAUGGUUUUGGUGGUUAUUUUGAUUGUAAAUUAUAUGAAGAUGAAAUGAUCAGUAUAGUGCCUUCAACUCAUAGCCCGGGGAUGAUUUCAUGGUUUCCUGUUUUUAUACCCAUAAAGACGCCUUUACGAGUACAUAAAGGAGAAACGAUAACUGCUACUUUUUGGAGAUGUAUAGAUACUCGAAGAGUAUGGUACGAAUGGAUUGUUGAGGUUGGAAAUCGUGUCACUCCUCUACAUAACUGUAAUGGACGUAGUUCAGAAAUGUUAUUAUGAUUUUUUAAAUAAUUAAACUAUGAUUU